AUGCCGUCCUACUCCUCCCGCGACAUGGGCGACCCUUCGCAGAUCAGGAAGAACAAGCAGUCAAUGGCCGACCUGAAAUUGCGUCGUCUGACCGAGUUGAACAACCGUCUGCGAGAAGAUUUGGAACGCGAGCGGAUUCCCGUCUCCCAGGCUGCGGCAAGGUACGUUCGCUUUGGAAACAUAUACCGCGCAAGCAGCGCAGCGCAACACAGCACAGUUAUACUAAUCCAUCCACCCAUUGCAGCAUCAUCUCCUACACCAACAGCACGAAAGACUUCAUGGUCCCAUCCGUCUGGGGCGCCGUCGACAAGAAGGACGACCCCUAUGCGCCGCAACAAAGUGGAGGGUGCUGCACCGUGA